AUGUCGACGCCGGCGGCUGCAGGACCGGCGGACGCAAAGGACGUGGAUCGCCGCAAGAGCCUGGGCAAGUACGUGAAGCGGAUGAGCAGCGUCUUCAAGCGGGACAAGGCGACCAGGAGCAGGAGCAGCGCCUCGCUCACCCCGCCCGCGCCUUCCACGCCCGCGCCCGUCGUCGAGCAGAGCAAGGAAGCCGCGCCUGCUCCCGCUACCGCUACCACUACCACUACCACUCCCGCGCCCGCUGCCACUGCUCCCAUGCCGCCCGCGCCCACCGCCCAGGAGCUCAACCGCAGCGCCCUCCAGCAGGAACGCGCCCGCGCCCUCUUCGCAAAGUACGGCCUCACCCUGGAGUCGCACGAAUGGAUCGCGGCGCCCGCCCACCCCAUCACCGUCCAGCGUGUCGAGAAGCCCAUCCGCAUGCGCGUGCACCGCACCUGCCACCGCUGCGGCACCACCUAUGGCGCCGACAAGCUGUGCUCCAAGUGCGAGCACCGCCGCUGCAAGAAGUGCCCCCGCUAUCCCAAAAAGAAGGCCCCCGCCGACAAGGGCAAGGAGAAGGCGGCCGCAGAGAAGCCCAAGAAGAAGAAGCUCCUGACCGUCACGUCCAAGCACGGCACCGACCUAGUCUACCACCCCGUCAAGCAACGCGUCCGGCGCACCUGCCACAAGUGCGAGACCAUGUUCAUUCCCCCUACUGCUACCACCUGCGAGCACUGCCGCCACAUCAGGUGCACCAAGUGCCCACGAGAGCCGGCCAAGUCGAGCAAGUGGCCGAACGGCUACCCCGGCGACGUGGAGCCCGACAGCGAAACCGAGGUCGAACGGGAGCUGGACAUGGCGAGACGCAUAUGGAGGAAGCCGCGGACCAGAGUACGGUGGGAGUGCGAAGAGUGCCAUAGCCUGUUCUUGGACGGCUCACCGCAGUGCCCCGGUUGUGGGCACGCCCGGUGCGACAAGUGCGUGAGAAAACCCCUUAAAAGAGUGAAAAAGGACAUCUCAUUCGACCCUGAGGUGGUGAGAGCCGUCGAGGCCAAGCUAAAAGCCCUUGUGGUGGAAGACGACCCUCCCGCACCCACCUGACAUUUCAUACCAUCACGAUAUUCACAGACGACGAGUAACGACGACGUAGUACUGCGAGCAUUGCGCCACCCAAACUUCCCUUCGAGCUUCGCUUCAUCUAUUACCCUAUUUCUACCGAACUGCUAGGAACGACUUGGGCACAUGCUGGGACCUGGGCAAUUU